AAAGGUGGAGAAGAGAUUAUGUUUCCUAGGUGGAGGGGAGGUGAGCUGUGUACAGCUGACAGUAGCAGCGGACGGUCAGCAAAACGAUGCCCCUUUAACACCGCGCGGUGACGUCACAUAUUUUUGACGGGGGGGCAGGCAGCGGGAGAAGAAGAAGGAGGAGGAGAGGAAGAAGGGAGCGGAUGCACCCAGGGUGAAGGAUGCCCGGGACAACAAUGUCACCAGUUCAUUCUCUCUCCCGUCUGUCCGUGUCAUGAUAAGCGCUGCUGGGGCGGUAGCCCGCAUGAUGCCGUCGGCGGCGCGGCGGCGGAGGAGCGGCUGCUGGAUAGCAUGGUGCCAGGCGGUGCUGCUCGGCGCGUCGGCGCUGGUUAUCGUGGCCGAACGGAGCGCUCUGAUCUACUGUAUAGGGUUUUACCUUUGGAAUGAGGAGACGCAGUGGGCGGGCCUCACUCUCGGCCUCUUUCUACCGGGGACGGCAGUUCAGCUGCUGAGUGUGAAAUGGUACUAUGAUGACGGUGAUGACAGGCGGUGCUACCUCUCUGUCAUACACAUACUUCACUUGGGCAUCUUCAAAAGGUUAUGGGACUGUAUGAGGUGUGUGCUGCGCAUGCAGGGCUCGGUGGCCGAGCUCGGGGCUGCCGUCAUGCAGCAGGCAGAUGUUGCUGCCCUUUGGCUGCUGGAGGCCCUCGUCCUCACGCUGCCUCAGAGCCUGCUGCAGGCAUAUGUCGUGGUGUCCACUGAUGUGGGCAUCAUGUCACCAGUGGCUUACUGCUGUGGUCUGUGUGUGCUGUCUAUUUCCUGGGCCCUGGUGCUGUACAGCAGAGCCUGCUGUCUGAUCCGACCGGGCCACCUGGCAAUGCCUCCGGCAGCCCUGCUGUGCCAGCUGGUGUGGAGGGCAGGCAUGCUGGGCGCCAGGGUGACCUGCCUCAUGUUCUUUGCCAGGGUCUUUAACUGGUGGGUCUGUGGAGUAGCAGGUUUCCACUGGCUCACGGCCUCCUUCUGGCUGGUAUCACAGCAACCAGACAUCUGCACCGGCCCCUGGUGUUGGCGUGCCUUUAACGGCGUCAUGGGGCUGGUCCAUGUCUUCCUCUUCCUCAACGUCAAAGACGGACCGUCGCGCUUCCGCAUGGCCAGCUUUUACGCAUUCAUGCUCGUAGAGAACGCCACUCUGCUGCUGGCUGCAUCCGACUUCCUUAGCGAGGCAUCAUGGGACAGCAUGACCCUUCCCACCACUGUACUGUGUAGCUUUCUCCUUGGUGCUACCUCUCUUGUCCUGUACUACCGGUUUCUCCAUCCCAAGUCAACAGAGAUCUCCCAGGGUACGAACCACAACCACAUGGGCAGCACAUGCAUAGAACAGGGGGAGUCCUCCUUCUCUCUAGGGGACAAAAGCCUGCCAGCUCCCUCCAUUCAAAACCACGGCAGCUUCUCCCUCUCAGGUGUGGCUGGUACUCUGCUGGAGCACCCGGGAACCUGCGGAGGCCGGCCGAACAGCUCCUGCCCCUGCUACCACCACCACUGGCUUUUGAUCCGGCUUGCCCUCAAAACAGGAGACCUGGGGAAGAUCAACAGAGCGUAUGGGGCCGGCGGAGCAGCAGCCAUACUGGACAUGGAGGAGUACAACCAAGAGUUUAAGAGUAACACUAUCACGGCGGGGGGCAGCUGCGAGGGCGUCUCCACCUCGGAGUCUCAGGGGAAAGGCCUGGCACCGCUCUCGGACUGCAAAGACGAGUUCCAGAGCGUGAGCGAGCCCUCAUCGACCGAUCGCCCCGAAGAAGAGGACGACAGCCUGGAGAUGGAGAGCCCGCUGGAGUCACCCGCGUCAGAUUUUAAACGCAGCUCGCCAGAGGGCAAGUCUGUCUUUGGAGACAGUCCGGAGCCAUAUUUCUGCCCCACAGAGUCUAGUUCAACCCUGUAUUUCAGUGCCGACCCUCAAUCUCCCAGCAGCGCCAGUAACCCCCGUUUGGACAGGGACAUAGGGGGUCUGGAACAGGGGGUUCGCCUCAACUCCAUCCCUAGCGAUCCAGCCCUUCACAGGGACGUCCGUGGGCUCAUGGGCCGGGUUGGUCCGCGUUGCACUUCCACUCCUAAAUUGGACUCUGGAGUGCUGGACUCUCCCUCCAGUGUCCCUCAUCUCACAGGUCCAAGGAGGCAGCUCAUCAUGUCCCGAAGAGACGAGGACGAUAACUUCUAGCUUUCUCAUAACACAAUCAGGGAAAGAGUAACAGCAGCUUAUCCAACAGUAAAGGAGUACACCAGCUUUUUGGAAGGCUGCUUUUUCAUCUUUUGCAGUGUGGUAGGAUGAAAAGGCUGGCAGAUAUUUCACCUCUGUAUGCCUAAAUAUUUAGCACACUGUGGGGCAUAGCAUAUGCAACAAUUUUGGGAUCAUGCUAAGCUAGCCCGCUUUCUUCUCAAAACAUAACUACUAUUUUCUAAAAGCAUCGCUUUGCUCAAAUGCUGGACACACAGUGGUGAAACCUUAAACAAUGUUUUCAGACAUCAAGAAGAUAAUUUAAAUAGCUAGUUAGCCACAAGAGUGGUGUACGGAGCUCAGACACACCUUCUACCUGACGUUAAACAAACAAACAAUUUUUUUUUUCAUUCUUGUGGCAGCAGUUACUGUCAAGCCUCAAUAAAUAUUCUGUGCAACAACAUGAACACUGGUUCUGCCAGGUUGUAAUUAUAUGUUAAGGAAGUAGCCAUGAGUUAUAUCAAUAAACAUCAUUAGAAAUAUGCAGCUGCUUUAUGAUCCCGGACAGAAGAUUGUCUCUAUAUUACAUACAGAAACUGCUGUUACUCAUGAUAAUAAUUGCCAGCAGUAAGGAGAAUAAAGAAAUUAUUCCUAGAUCAACAGGAGUCAGGAGUGUCUGACCUUUGAAUAUUAACCAUCUCAGUGUGAGCCAGAGCUUUGUUGGCUUCUUGAAAGCACAAGUAUCCUCUGUAUCAUAUGUCUAUUGCUGUGAUUUUUUUGUUAUUCCCAUUAGAAGAAAAAAAAAAAAAAAGCAAAAACAAACCCCCCAGUCCCCUCAGAGAUUAAUAUACUGUAUUUUUUGUAUAAUCAUGUUGACUGGCAUUGCUUUGAGCAGGGCUAGUAUGUCAGCCUGGCAAAACUGUGUUUGAUGUUUAAACUUUAUUUACAUGUUGACCAUGUAUUUGCUGAAAUGUUUUUGGAAUUUACAGUAUGUUGGGUGGAAAAAAAAUUAUGUCUCAGGCACUGACUUUUAAUUCAAACGUCUAUUGUGUAACACAAUGUAAAAAGAUGCUUAUGAAGUACUUGUAGUGACUUUUUUAUGUGCUCUUGAUUGCUAUUUCUAGGGGACAGAUGGAUUUUUUUGCUCAUUACUCUUCUGUAAAUGGGAUGAAAUCCACAAAGCAGUGAAAUGAGGCUGGGUUUUCUCUUGCGCCCAUGUGACUGCCUAUAUGACAUUUUGAACUGUGAAGUGCAAGGCCACUGGUGGCUUUAAAUAAGCAAUAAAUAGCCUACAUAUUGGGGUGACUGGAAUAUAAGUGUUUGUAAUUAUUUAAAAGUGUUUUCGAAUUUGAGGCAUAAAAGUGCGUUUUUGAAUA